ACAAGUAGGCAGAUCUCAGGCAAUGGGGGUGGACAGGCGGCAGAGAGCCUCAGCAGCACUCUCUCUCAGCUUCCUCUCUUUAAUCUUCUCCAUCACAGCGUUCAGCAGCAGCUACUGGUGCGAAGGAACCAGGAAAGUAGCCAAGCCUUUCUGCAGCGAACUCCGGGGUGGCACGCACUGCAUCCGCUUCAACAGCUCCGGCACAAAUGACAGCAGCGUGGUUCAGUACGUCUGGGAGACAGGCGAUGACAAGUUUGUUGACCGAAAGUUUCAUGCUGGCAUCUGGUAUUCUUGUGAAGAGACUCUCGAUGGAGAAGGUGAGAAAUGUAGAAGUUUUAUCAGCCUGACGCCCCCAGCGGAUCGAGGAGUUCUGUGGCUGUCGAUUGCGGCGGAGCUCCUCUACAUUACGUUGCUUCUGAUGGGUGUCACUCUCAUGUUGAUCGAAAUCUGCCAUCCCAUCAGUAUCCUGGAUGGGUUGAAGCUCAAUGCGUUUGCAGCGAUAUUCACUGUUUUAGCAGGCCUCCUGGGAAUGGUUGCUCACAUGAUGUAUACAACUGUGUUUCAAAUGACUGUCAAUCUGGGUCCAGAAGACUGGCGCCCACAGACCUGGGAUUAUGGCUGGUCCUACUGUCUUGCAUGGGGCUCCUUUGCCUGCUGUAUGGCUUCCUCUGUGACCACAAUGAACAGAUACACCAAAACUAUCCUGGAAUUUAAAUAUAAGCAGAAAAGGCUGGAGAGAAGUUUAAAAACGAAACUCAAGACUCCUGCUCCAGAGAAGGCAUGGAAGAUGUACAUUGACACCGUUCACAGCACAACCGAGGACUUCAUGCAUCAGCUGACAGAUGUACGCAGUCUGGCCAACCCGACAGCAUUUGCAGAGUUAAAUAAUAUUCCCAUGACACACUGUGAGGAAUAUUGCUAAAUGUAUGUGAUACAACUUUGGGGGGAAAUUGUCCAUGUGUACUUUUGAUGCAUUCCUUUCUUUGGCAAG